UCUAAAAUUCCACUGUUCCAGAGCUCACGUGUAUCACUUUAAAAUGGAGAUCAGCACCUCGAGUGGUGCCGACAGAUCUAAGAUUUAUGACAGAGACGGGACGAACACGUCCUCUGAUGACCCCGAGAUGAUGCAGUCACGUAUAUUUAUUGGAAAUCUGAAGACCAAUAAAGUUACUCGUAAAAGUAUUGAGAACCGGUUUUCGAAGUAUGGUAAAAUCCUUGGGGUCUCGUUACACAAGAGCUAUGGGUUCGUCCAGUUUGAGACUAGGGAUAUAGCAAGGAAGGCAGUGAAUGAAGAGAAUAAGCAAGAGCUUCAUGGAGUGAAAAUGGAUAUAUGCAUAGCCACAGAGAGACGGAAGCCUGAAGAAAAGAGUGCUUUAAAGAAACGAGGUCGGUCCCGCUCCCCUCGGUCCUCCCGCUCAAGACGUGAGCGUAGGUCUCGUGAUGAUGACCUGAUGGGACGUUACAACCGGUACUCCCCGCCCUCUAGAAUGAGGGGACCUCUUCUUGACCCGUACAGGGACCCUUACAUGGAUCCAUAUAUUGAUGAUCCUUAUGAUCCUUACCCUCCUCCAAGAGAUAUGUACGAUCGGUUCCUUCCUUCUAUGAGGCGAGACUAUCUCUCUCCUCCCCCUCCUCCUUUUAUGUCAGGAGAUUACCCUCUCCCUCCGAGGAAGAGAAGAGAUAGGUACAUGUAUGAUGAGCCGUGGGACUAUCCUCCUCCUCCUUUCAGAGAGAGAGACCUUCCUCCAAGGGAAAGGGACCUCCCUCCUAAGAGAGACCUGCCACCAAGAGAGCGAGCGUUGCUCCCUCCUCCUCCUCCUCUGAGGGAAAGAGAGGUUCCUCCUUUUAGAGAGAGGGACCUCCCUCACAGAGAAGGGCUUCCGCCGCGUCGUGGUGAAGACACAAAGCCAUCUUUUGCUCCUCCCUCUGGUGAUAAGAGUGUCCCUGAGGCUCAGAUUAUAAUAGUUAAUACUCAUCAGAAGGAAUACGCUCAACUUGUCCGUGAGCGUAUUGAGUCUCUUGGUCUCUCAGUGGAACCCCUUCACCUGAGUCCCACAGUAUCACUGGCCGAGGCACUGGAGAACGCUGCAAGACGUGGUCUAAUGUAUACUGUCAUCAUAACGAGUCAACAUGAGGCUCAUCGCUCUGUCACUCUUACUAUUCUACACGGGAGGAAUCCACAAGAACACAAGAAUAUGCCUCUGGAUGAUGCGAUUGGUUUGAUCAACAGAGACUACAGUAGGCACUGUCAGAGCAGUGGUAUCAACCCAAGAGGAGGGGAGUCCCUUGGAGGGGGCGGGGCCUCACUGAUGGCUAAAGCAGCUGCUGGACACAACCUCUCCCCAGCCGAAUUGAGCCAACUCAUUUCAUCAUUGCAGCAGAAACAGCAGAGGGUAGGCGGGGCAGGAAGCAUGGCUCAGAGACGAGAUGAUACAAUGGCUCCUCCUGCUGCUAAUUCAAAUGACAUGCAACAGCAGCAGGCUGACCUUCAAGCUAAGAUACUCUCUCUGUUGGGAUCCAAUGCCGUAGUACCUUCUGGUGGUGCUCCUGCCUCAAAGCCUCUUGGAGGAGUGGCGUCUCUUUUUGAGAGCUCAAGGUUUCCACAGAGUUCCUUUGGGGCCUCAUCAUUUCGCUAGAAGAGAGAGAGGGAGGAGCUGAAACAAUGAAUUCAUUUUGUGACUCAUUUGUCUAUUAUCUUAUACCUGUAACUGUAA